UACAACGAAAUACACACAGAGGGUUACUUACAUUAAUACACACGUAGACUCAGACGAUACCAAUGGAGAAGAUAUCAAAUUUGUUAGAAGACAAGCCAGUGGUGAUAUUCAGCAAGACCUCUUGCUGUAUGAGUCACACGAUCAAGUCGCUUAUAUCUGGAUACGGAGCGAAUUCAACGGUGUACGAGCUAGAUGAGAUGUCUAAUGGGCCAGAAGUCGAACGAGCACUGGUCGAGCUUGGGUGCAAACCGACCGUGCCAGCUGUCUUUAUAGGACAACAGCUCGUAGGUGGUGCAAACCAGCUUAUGUCUCUUCAAGUCAGGAACCAACUAGGUUCGUUGCUCCGAAGAGCUGGAGCCAUAUGGAUUUGAGAGACUUUCAAUCCCAAAUUAAACGCGUAAUGCCUUUUAUUUCGAGAUGCAUAUAUACAUACAGCUAUAUAUUAUUAUUUAUCUUUUAGUAUAGAGUAAACAUGUAUAUAUGCCUCAAACACCUCGAGAUAUGAUCAAAAAUGUUUGAAGCAUAUGUAUAUUCAUAUAUAGCUAGGUGUAAGUACAUGAAGAAGAUCAAAAAGAAGAAAGACGCAGUUUGAUAAUUUCUCUUUUGUGUUAUGAAUGCAAUCGCAAUUGUUUAGGAAUAAAAUCUUAU